AUGCAAAUUCCUUCUUCCGAGGAAGAGACAGUGAUUGUUAAAGUGUGCAAUAUCAACAAAGCGGAAAUUCGAAGAUUUUAUUUUUCGUGGGGAGAGGGGACUUGUUCAACAACGGAUUCAACUCCUCUACUGGAUGCUUUAAUGGCAAAAAUUAGACAUGUUUUUGGAAUCGGGAUCAGUUACACUACCCAAUCGGAGCAGAGUUCAAACAAUUUUUCAUUAAUUUAUAAAUAUUCCAUUCCAAACACAAUAAUAACGAAUAGCACAAAUAACAACAACGUGAAUGGUCAAAUUUUACAUGUAAAUUCUGAUGACUUGUUGCUGCAGUUAAUUAAACAUAGUUUAGAAACAAAUUCGGAUUUACGAUUAAUCAUGGAUCAUCAUUAUUCUGUCGUUGGACAGAACAAUACAACCUCGUUGAACUCCUUGUCAAACACAGCCACCACCACCACCACCACCUCUGUCGUCAGUAUCAAACCUACCGUUCCAAAACCAUUACCCACAAUUCCUGUUCACAGUAACAACAACCAAGCAACUGCCACUAAAACGACACCACCAAAAAUCACAACACAAGAAUUUACUUCAAAAAUUAUGGAAAAAACUAACAAUCUAAGUGAAACAGCUAGAGAAGAAUUAUUUGAAAAAUGUCUUAAAUUUAUUGAUGACUAUUUGAGGCGAGAUCGAUCCGAAAACAAAAAUAGUCAUGACGGUAGAGAACCAACAGAUGCUGGCACACCUUUGUCGUGCUUGUCGUCUUCAAAUUCUGCAUCUCAAGUCACAACACGCAUCGAGGAACAACCAUCAAACGGCAACAAAUAUGGACGAAAAUUAGCAACAUUUGUGGCUGAUCUCUCAAUCCCUGACCAUACCAAAAUGCAGCCAGGAGAACAUUUCAAGAAAACGUGGAAAUUUAAAAAUUGUGGACACACGACACUCCCCAAAAAUUCAAAGCUCAUGUUUCUUAAAGGAAAAAAGGAAAACCCCCUUAAUGCCCCUGAAUUUGUUGCUCUCAAUAAUAGAGAAAAUGAAAUUCGAGUUGGACAAGAAUUUCAAGUUUCUGUUGAUCUACAAGCUCCCUCAACUCCAGGCGUAUAUUCUUCCUACUUUAGAUUGGCCGAUGAAGAAGGAAUAUUCUUUGGUUACAAAGUAUGGGUAUGUAUCGAUGUUGUUCUCGAGAGUAAACAUUAA